AUGACGGAUCACAAAGUCCGCCAGAGACAUGGCAUACAAGUUAUGGAAUCACCUAAUUCCAUACAAGAUGCGCAAAUCUUAGACGAAAAGAAGACUAUUGGACAAAUGAAUAGAGAUCUAAAAAAGAAAAUUGUUUCGAACAGCGCUUUGGCUAUCCUCACGAUCAUGUCAUUCAUAACCCGCUUUUGGAAGAUACACCACCCGCAUCAAGUCGUCUUUGACGAAGUCCAUUUUGGUAAAUUCGCGAGCUAUUAUAUAAAACGAACUUAUUUUUUCGAUGUACAUCCUCCUCUUGCAAAACUCAUGUUCGCGGCAUUGGGCUGGUUGAUGGGUUAUGACGGUCAUUUUGAAUUUGAUAAUAUUGGAGACGAUUAUAUAACGAAUGAUGUUCCCUAUAUCGGAUUUAGAUUGUUGCCCGCCGCACUGGGUGCACUCCUUGUCCCUCUAACAUACAUGAUCAUGAUUGAAUCUGGGUAUCCAGUAAUAACUGCGAUUCUAGCUGCUG